AUGAAGCUUUAAAUGAUUACAAUAAAGCAAUUCAACUUGAUCCUAAAAAUGCACAGGCCUAUUAGAGUAGAGGUCAGUUAUUAAAAUUUAUAUUAGGCAUUUUAUACAAAGAUAUUGGUUUAAAGGAUAAAGCAUUAGACGAUUAUAAUCAAGCGAUUCAUCUUGAGCCUAAAAAUGCACAAGCCUACAACAAUAGAGGUAAACUAAUAAAUUAAUAUUAGGCAUUUUAUUCAAAAAUAUUGGUUAGAAAGAUAAAGCAUAAAGUGAUUAUAAUAAAGCUAUCUAACUUGAUCCUUAAAAUGCAUACACCUACAACAAUAUAGGUGAUUUAUUUAGACUAAUUGUAGCGAUUUUAUUCUAAGAAACUGGUGAAAAGGACAAAGCAUUAGACUAUUAUCAUCUAGCAAUUCAAAUUGACCCAAAAAACGCACAUGCUUACCACAAUCGACAAAGACAUUGGCUAAAAAGAUAAAGCAUUAAACGAUUAUAAUUAUUCAAUCAUUCUUGAUCCAAACUAUGUAUAUGCAUAUUAUAACAGAGGUAAAUAAUUUAUUGUAAUAUUAGGUAAUUUAUAUUUUGAUUGUGGUGAAAACGAUAAAGCAUUACGCGAUUACGAUUAAGCAAUCCAACUUGAUCCUAAUUUUGCAUCGCCAUAUUACAAAAGAGGUGAAUUAUUUAAACUAAUUUUAGGUAUUUUAUACAAAAACAUAGGAGACUUAAAAGAAGCUUUAAACAAUUACAAUCAAGCAAUAUUGCUUGGUCUUUAAAUUGCAUGUGUCUACUGUAAUAGAGGUGAAUAAUAUAAAUUUAAUUUUAGGGAAUCUAUACAAUGACAUUGGCUAAUAAGAAAAAGCAUUAAACGAUUAUAACCAAGCAAUUCAAAUUGAUCCAAAAAAUUCUUAAGCUUACAAUAAUAGAGGUAAUUUAUUUAAAUUAUAUUAGGCAUUUUAUACAAUGAAAUUGGCGAAAAAGACAAAGCAUUAAACGAUUAUAAUCAAUCAAUCAAACUUGAUCCUAACUAUGGAUAUGCAUACUAUAGUAGAGGUAAUAAUAUAUUGUAACAUUAGGCAAUUUAUACAUUGAUAUUGGGGAAGUUCACAAAGCAUUAAAUGAUUAUGAUUAAGCAAUACAACUUGACUCUAACAAUGCGAUGUUGUACAAUAAUAGAGGUGAUUAAUUUAAUUUUAAAUUAGCUUAAUUAUACAAUGUCACUGGCUAAAAAGAUAAAGAAUUAAAUGAUUAUUACCAAGGUUUAACUGUAUCCCCUUCUCAUCCAUUAUUACUUUGCAAUAUUGGCUGUUUUUAUUUAUCAAAAGGAAAUCAUGCCAAAGCAUUGGAUUUUUUUUAAAUGCUUAUAAAAACAAUAAAUAAUCUCACCUAACAAUAAAUAUCUCAAUUCUAACUAAGAUAAAACAAUUUCGAUUAUAUUAAAAACAAGAUUGAGUUAUUUGAAAAAGUAAAUAUAGAAAAUGAAAAAAACUCUAUUUCAGGAAUACUCAAUAAAUUAAAAUAAUAAAUUGGAAUGAUUCAAAAAAAUUAGGAAUUAUAGUAUGAUUAAUCCCUCAUUGAAGUACUCAAAAAUUAAUACUAAAAAAGUUACUAUAAAUCUCUAUUUUGGAGGCUUUUCAAUUAUCUAAAUGCUUUGUAACAAUUUUUUAAAGACAUAAUUAUAAGUAAAGAUGAAAUAAUUGAAAACAACUCAGAAAAGUUACAGAGAAACUUCUUUGGUAAAUCUUAUGGGAUUAUUAAUGCUGCACUUGAUGAUGCGAUUGAUACAAAGAAUAAGAAUCAACUUAACAGAAGAUUAAGACUUCUAAACAUCAUCAUAACUGAAUUUGUCGAAGGAAAUCCAUCAAAACUAGAAGAAGAGGUUAAAAUCGCAGCAAUUUAAUUAGCGAAACAGCAAGAGCCCGAUAUGAAAGAAAGAAAAAAGUCAAUAUUUAGUUAAAAAGUAGAAGUAUUAGUAUCAGAAUGCAGCUAUUCAGGCUCACAAAAUGAUAUCUAUGAGAUUUAAGGAGCAGAAGAUGCAUUAAUCAUUUUACAUUAUUUAGAAAACAACUCAGAAUAGAUAUUAUAGGAAAAACAUAAAAGACUGAGAGAUAUAUUUGAAGAUGCUGUUAAAUAAUAUUAAUAUAUACCAAAGGUAGAGACAGGUAUUUCUUCUGCAUGUUUAAUGAUGUGA